AUGGCCAAUAAUUGCUCUCUCUCGACCGACGUAGAAGUAAGCUUUAAUUUUCCUCACGUAUAAUCCAUCCAUCCAUCCCCAGACCAAUUCUUCCCCAGCCCAUCAGAGAGAAGAGCUUCAAUGGCCUCCGUUACCGCCACCGCCGUGCCGACCUCUAUCGUCACCCGCUCUGCCGGCCUCUCUCUGAGGAGGUUGUCGGGAGUCACCUCCUCCCCGGUCCUUGUCAUAACUCGAACUCGAACUCGAACUUCAUCAUCAUGGGCAGGGUUGCCGGCGGUAGUAAUGAAGGGAAGGGUGAGAUGCAGCAUGGAUGGGAAGGCUUCCCCUGCCGGAACCUCAACCAUGGGCAUGAGCGCGUCUCUGAUUGCAGCCAUCUCCGCUGCCAUGCUGUCAGGCCCUGCAAUGGCACUGGUGGACGAGAGGAUGAGCACCGAGGGGACUGGACUUCCCUUUGGCCUGAGCAACAACGUUCUCGGGUGGAUCCUGUUUGGUGUUUUCGGGCUCAUCUGGGCUCUCUACUUUACCUACACUUCCGGUCUCGAUGAGGACGAGGAGUCAGGCCUGUCCCUUUAAGUUAAAAAAUUUCUACCUUCCUUCUAUAUUGUUCAAUUUCGUUCUGACUGAUCCAAGUAGAAAAUUUCAAAGAGUUUGCUCUUCUAUGUGAUCUGUUGUAUCAUACAUAUGUUUGCAGUAUUUAAGUUUUAUUCUUUGGUGUAUCAUUAUAAUAUCUUAUAAGAAGUUGCUAAUCAAAGCUAAUAAAAUAUGUUAUAAUA